UGAAGAAAGAAAAUAUUUGGCGUGUAUAUUUCCCUUUGAAAUUGGUUUUAUUGAAGGAGAAGAAUUCGGAAGUGAAGUAACGAGUUCGAGAGAUAGGCUCUUGAGUCGGUCCUAUAAAUCCCUGCCCGGUGCUAGAUUUGGAUUCUCCGUCGAUUCUGAAGUUGCACGGGGUAGUGAUGUUUGGUUCUUCGUCAUCGUAGAUUCUGUGCUGAUUUUACAGUCGCGGUCCCAAUGGCGCUAUCUCUCGGCAAGCUGACGCUCAUCGUCGGUGCGGGUUUCGUUGGAUCAGUUCUUGCCCAAGAAGGCCGAAUAUCUAAUGUAACUGAGUUUUUCUCUGGUGCACUGAAGAUUGCUUUUAAGCAACUUAGUGAUUCGGCCACGUCAAGUUCCAAACCCAAUAAUGAUUCUUUGGUGCAGCAGGUUAACAGCCUGCGCCAGGAACUGCAACUCUUGGCUUCAAAUAGAUCUAUGAUGAUUGUCACCGGAAGUCAAUCAGGAUCUGGUAAAUAUGGUGUGGUUAUCAUUGUUGUAGUUGCUGGAUAUGGAUACACGAUGUGGAAGGGCUGGAACCUUUCUGACAUGAUGUUUGCGACUAGGCGUAGCUUGAAUGAUGCUUGCGCUUCUGUAGCUAGACAACUCGAGGAUGUUUACUCUUCACUUUCGGCUGCUAAAAAGCACUUAUCCUCAAGAAUUGACCGCGUGGAUUGUAAAAUUGAUGAAUGCUUGGAGGAUACAGCUGCAACAAAAGUUGAGAUCACCGAACUCCAUGGAGAUGUGAAGCUUAUUGGAGCGAAUGUCGAAUCUGUUCAUAAAGUAGUGCAGUCUCUGGAAACAAAGAUUUGCCGGAUAGAAGGAAAGCAGAGUUUGACUAACAUUGGAGUGGGGAAACUUGUUGCCUUGGUGCGGAUGAAUCUCGAACAAAGCAAACGGCCAGAGCAGAUCGAGGCACCCGCAACAAAUUCUUCGAGGCCUGUUGUCAAAUUGCCCCCCGAAUCGCCAGCAAGGGCCGAAUCUUUACCUGCACAGCUGUCUUCACCCGAGCCAUCGACUCCUUCACCAUCCGACAAAUCUCUAAAGAAACAGGCAACAUUCCCACCAAUCAAUCCUUCGAAAGUCACUCCUUCCGGCCUCAAGGAUCUUAAUGAUAUUACUCAGGAUGAUGCUGGCCCUGCAAAUCCAACCACCCAUCGCAGCUCAGAUUCGACUGAAGAGUCGAGCAGCGGAAACAGCUCAGGCAUAGCCGGUGUGUUCGGUGGAAAAUCCGUCGGUUUCGGUAUCGGUUUCGGCGGGGCUUCGGUGCUCACAAGAACCCGCAGUGUGAUGCAGUCUUUCAAGUAGAAGGAAGGUACAUAGUAGAUUUUUUUGAUCAUAUGCCAAAGAAAAUACCAGAUUAGAUAUUAUUAUUAUUAGUUUUUUUAAUGAUAAUAAAAUUUGAGGGCCCUUUCAUCUCCUAUAUAAUCCGAAGGUAAAAAAUUUUGUAGCAUCAUUUUUGAAACUUUGGUAAUUUUUUCUGAUAAAUAUAUAUUUAAUUGUUAUUGUGUAAAUGACUUUAAUUACUGCU